AUGAACCGGGCCUGGGCUGCGUUUAAGGCUCAUCCAUACAUCGGUAACGUCCUGGGAUACACAACACUGUUUGCCUCUGCUGACCUCAUACAGCAGAGUGUGCUGGGUGGGAAACACACAGCAGGACCCACAACAAAGGGUCCAGCUGGCAUCGACUGGUGUCAGACGGCUCGAGUGGCGACUGUCGGCUUCUGUUUCCAUGCCAACUUCAACUACCACUGGCUCAGAGGGCUGGAGAGGAUGCUGCCGGGAGGCGGAGUAAAGGCUGUGGCAGGGAAAGUUGUGGUGGAUCAGCUAAUCGCAGCUCCUCUCACCAUCAGUGCCUUUUAUAUUGGUUUAAGUUUACUGGAAAACAAAGAUGACCUGCUUGAAGACUGGAGACAGAAAUUCUGGACAUCUUACAAGACUGGAGUGGUGUUUUGGUCAACAAUGCAGGCAGUGAACUUUGCCCUUGUCCCCCCUGUGGCACGGACAGUCUUUCUGGGAGGCGUUGCACUGGCUUUCACAAUCUACCUGUGUCACCUCAGACAGCAGCAACGCCACAAACUUGAAUAAACUGGAGAUCCUGUGCUCCAUAAUGCUCCAUAGUCUUUUUUAAAUACUAAAUGCUUCAUUGUUUCAGGUAUUGUUUUUGUUGGCAACUCAUUGUGUAAGGGCAGAAUUCAGUUGUUAGAGUGAGUAGAUUUACUGAAGAGACAAUGGAAAGUUCUUAAUAAGCAAAUGCAAAUUGUGAAAUUUCCCAGACUGGGAUUAAUAAAUCAACAGUAAGAUCAAUAAUGUCUGAGUUUAGUCCUGCUGAUCCUCAUGUUAGUGUUGUUUUUUUUCUCUGAGAACACAGAGAACACGAUAAUAAAUCCUUAUUUAUCCUUAUUUAAAUGCAAAACUGUUACAGUGCAUCAUAUACUGGAAUAACUUCAUUGAUGCUGCCAUACAUUUUCUAACCAAUAAAGGUAAAUUAUU